UUAUGGUAUUUUUUUAGGUGGUUCGUUCAACAGUUUUUAAAUAGAGCAAUGAAGUUCCAUCUAAAUGAUAAGAUGCUGGUGACGUGGUUGCUGAUAUCUGGACUGACAGGGUUUUCAGAUGCAGUUCUACUAUCAGGAAUUGCUGCUACAAUCCAAUACUAUACAGAAUUAUUUAAAGGCUCUUACACUAACAUGAGCACUGCUGAAAUUUCCCACGAGAACAUCAAUCAUAGAUUUGCACCUUAUAGCUUCAAAAUUGAUUCAGGAAACCCAAAAACAUCAGAAGGAUACCUCGCUGAUCAGAUUCUGGACAACCAAUCAUCUGGGAAAGUUACUUUAGUUGGCAAGAUAGGCGACUAUGACGAGCAAAGUGAAGACAGUGGAUCAUGGAUAAUUCCCUCUGAACUUUUAAUGAAGAACCAAUCAAUAGAAAAUCCUACAGGAAAUGAUACUGUGGAACAAUUUUUGCAAAAGGAUGCAGAGCAUUUAGAUACUAACGAAACACAAAAGUAUAUUAAUGACUAUCAAGAUCUUUUCUACAAAUUUAAGGACUUUGUAAACACUGGAAUUAACACUAAUAUAAAUAGAACGGACUCAAUGAAUUACAAUCAUGAUGAGAAGAGAAUUAAUGUGACAUAUGUAUUGCCAAUACCCAAAACAAAAAAGUAUUUUAAAAUUAGUAUAUCAAAUCUAAGUGUGACCCAGUACAAUGUGAUCAAUUAUUUUGUUAUGGAACACAUGAAGAACAAAACAAAAGCUUUUUUCAAAAACAGAGAAAAUGAAAUUGUGAACAUUGACAUAGGUGAUGAAAGGAAACAAGUUACCAGCAGGGAUCUUACAGAAAUAGAACCACAGAAGACACCCUCUUUAAACAGUACAAGUCCAUCAAGUCAGAUGCCCACCAAUCCAGAUCAGGCGAUAGCAUAUUUUCAUAAUUUAUUUAAUGAAAAAGACUAUGGAGAUCUUUUGGAAAUCAUUAAAUCCAAGCAUUCAAACAUCAGUGAGUUUAAAGCUGAAACAACGAAUUUUAAAGAUACAAAGAAAUUGCCAGUAAUUAAAAAUAAUGGUUAUCAUGCUGAAAUUUCAACAGAUUACAUCCACAAAAAAUAUGAUGUUCAAGGAAAUAAGAGUUUGCCUGUAAACAGUUCUGUUUCCAACAAUAAUAAUUUUCAUCAAUUCAUCGACCAACAAAAUCUAUCUAAAGAACAAAAAGAUGAUGUUAACAAAUCUAUAACAGGAACAGCAACAACUUUUCUCAGUCCAAUUCAAAGAAACACCACAAAAUUGAUUUUACAACCGCACUCCAAGUUACCAUUUUCAUACAAUUCUUCUACGGUUCGGCAUGGUUUGAGCCCACAAAGAAAAAAGACGAAUUUAAAUCAUUUUGAUCUUAAAGUACCGUCCUUACAUACUCCAAGACCACAACUUGUCGUAAGUGUGUCGGAAACACAGCCAGUAGAAACAGCAACACCUUCAACAGUCUUGACUGAAAAGAAGACAGUCAACGAAGUACAUACCCCUCAAACAGCUAAUAACACAGAUUUUAAUGUUACUUCAAGUGUACCAACAGCAGAAAAUAUAACUUCACUGAUGAAUCCAUCCAUGGUGACGCAAGACUGGAUGGAUAUUUCAGAACUGUACAAGAAUACAGUGAACGAAAAUGUCUUACCAUCCAUAUCGAACCGACCUCCAUCUGAUGCUGGAAUGAUUGACAUCAGUGGGCCUCAGGAUACUGCCUCAAUUAGUGUAUUACAGGCGGCCAACUGGAUCCUUGGGAUGAAGAAACGUCUAGAGGAAGAAGAGAAGAAUAAAACUGAGCGUUACAAGGACUAUAUUAAGCAAUAUUUAGGAGGCGAAAGUGAUUCCGUUUAUCUCGGGCAAAAGGAAGAUGGCAGCAGUGUGAUGAAGAUUAACAAACAGGACAACACUUUGGAGGAGUUGAAAAAUUUAAUGAUGAGUUAUUUCACUGUAAUGAACUUCACUGAUAAAAAGGGGACUGCUGAGAGUAAUUCUUUCUUGGAAGUUGAGUCUAUUAAGAAUGCUACAAACAUUUUUGAGCUGAUGGAGAUGUCGAGCCAGUUGGCGAAAUUUAAUUUACAGAUGAAAAAGCAGACCAAUAGCAGGGAGCCAUCAGGAUUUGUAAAAAGAGUUGUGGAAAGUCAGGUGGAAAAAUGCACAAGAAUUUUUAACAAGAGCUUGUCCUCCAAAGGUAAACAGAAAAUACCAGUUUUACUUAAGAAAAAUAACAAUCGAAGAUACAUGGUAUUCACUAAUUGCAUGAACUUCAAGUUACAAAAAUGCAUUAAAGAGUUUAGUAUCUGGUUGGAAAAAGGCAGAUACUACUUGAGACAACAGUUUCAACUUAGUAGAGCCUAUGAAAACUAUGAAAUAGAGCGGAAUCUGUACUGCCUGAGGACAUACAACGCAUCCUCCCUCGACAGCAACCGCCAUGGAGUGAGAGUUAGACCAAGAUAUAAAGGGAAUAGGAAGCCUCCUGUGAAUCGAGCACAAGGAAAGAGCAAGACUAGAAUCCAGAUAAGAAAGCUAAGAAAUAGAGAUCACAAAGUGAAAAAUGGAAGAAACACACAAAUAAAUAAAGAAUACAACAACCGCCAAACAAAUAUUCAAAAAAGGCGAAAAAAAUCAAGAGUUCAAUUCAAAUAUAAUUCUCGACAACAAAUUACUUCCAGAAGACAAAACAGAGAGCACAAACAAAACAAAACCAUGCAAUCUCAAUCUGACAAUACAAAUCAAGAUUAACUGAAGUAAUCUUUGGUUAAAUGAAAAUGAAAAAAGUUUGAACUUUUUAUAUUUAGUUUACACUAAUGGAUUUUUUAUAUUUGCUAUAACCUAGUUUAGUUUUGCACCUGAAUUCUUAUUUUUAAUCUUCAUGUUAAUUGUGCAAAUCAAGGUAUUAUCUUGUAGUUAUAUUAUAUUAUUAUCUCUUAAUAUUAUCUUAAAACCUCUGAUUUGAUUAAUAGUAAUGUUUGUGUAAUUUUGUUUUAUAAUAAAUAAAUAAAAAUUAUUAUUAAA